AAUGUUUUGCCUGUUAUAUAGGUAUUCAAUAUGCUAGGAUCAUCAUCUGAGGAUAGUUAUUAAUUAUCCCAGACGUUAUAUUCUGAGUCUCCAUGUUGCCAGAUGGUUAGUAGGGGUUAUGGAUUGUGUAAAGACUGGCACCCGAGUUAAGGGUUCUUUCUUCCGUCAGUUACUAAUUUAUGCUAUCUGGUUGUCUGCCUCUCAUAAUGUGCUGGCACUGCAUACACUCCCAGAGCCUAGUCGCAUUUCUCUUUCAUCUGUGCUUGCUAGCCCACCCAAAAGUGGAAUAUUUGAACCCAUAGAAAUAUCACCUGCUGUAAUUCCACAUCUUCCUUCUCCCGAGUAUUCUUUCCCACCAAUGUAUCCAACUUUUCCAACUGCAUAUGUUCCAGUCCUGACUGGAAGGUGCCAUGUAGAUUUCUCCGCCAUUUCAAGUAUCAUGGACAAAACAGCAUCUGACUGUAAUCUACCUUUGGCAGCAGUUGUAGGAAAUGUUAUAUGCUGCCCACAAUUUAGUAGCUUGCUCCAUAUAUUCCAGGGAUUUUACAGCACCAGUUCCAAUAAUUUAGUUUUACAAAAUGCAGUUGCUGAUGAUUGUUUUAAAGAUAUUGUCAGUAUACUUGCUAGCAGAGGAGCAAACAGCUCAAUACCAACCAUCUGUUCUGUAAAAUCUUCAAAUCUUACUGGUGGUUCUUGUCCUGUGAAGGACAUAGCCACUUUCGAGAAAACAGUGAACACAAGCAAAUUACUGGAGGCUUGCAGUAAAGUUGAUCCUCUUAAAGAAUGCUGCAGAUCAAUUUGUCAGCCUGCAAUUAUGGAGGCUGCACUUAAGAUCUCAGGAACUCAGUCAUUAAUUGACAAUAAGAAUAUAAUUGGACCAGCAAAUCAUUUUGACACGCUUAAUGAUUGUAAAGGCGUGGUUUAUUCUUGGAUCUCACAGAAACUCCCUCAUGAUUCUGCAAAUAAAGCAUUUCGAAUAUUGUCUGCCUGCAAGGUUAAUAAAGUUUGUCCUUUGGACUUAAGGCAGCCAUCAGAAGUAAUUCAAGAAUGCAGAAAUGUCGCUGCUCCCAGUCCUUCAUGCUGUAGUUCAUUAAAUACUUACAUAGCGAGUGUGCAAAGGCAAAUGUUAAUAACGAAUCGGCAAGCAAUUAUGUGCGCUACUGUAAUUGGGUCCAUGCUACAAAAGGCUGGGGUGAUUACUAAUGUUUAUGAGCUUUGUGAUGUGGACUUGAAAGAUUUUAGUCUCCAGAAUGGUGCAGCAUAUGGACAAGAAGGGUGUUUACUAGGAAGCCUGCCUGUAGAUAUGGUGUAUGAUAAUUCAUCAGGCUUGAGCUUUACAUGUGAUCUAAGCGACAAUAUUGCUGCUCCAUGGCCCUCAUCGUCAUCUUUCACAUCAUUCUCUCUUUGCGCGCCUGAGAUGUCCUUGCCUGCAUUACCAACAUCGGAAUCUUCAGGUUGUGAUAGGGAUGAUGUGGAUUUCUUUGUACCCAUUUUUUCUGUAUUUGUCUUCGGUUCAUUGCUGUUAUAGAGAGAUUCUGCUGAGCGCCAACACCUGUUUGAGUUAGUGGGCUUUAGAUCGAAUGAGAGCGUAUGACAUGUAUAUUUUGAGCGUCUUCCUUUGUGUAUAGUAGCCUUUUUUCUUUAAUGACUUCUACUGGUUUUAUUUUAUGAUUAAUUUCAAUUUUCAAGUUAACUAAUAA